UAGUGGUUGAGCAAAGAAAAAAAAUAACAGCUUUUGUUAAUUUACUUAUUGAUUCAGCAGAUAGUCACUGAGUUCCUUCUAUUUGCAAAGCGCUGUGCUGGAUAAUUUGAGAGGAUUUGAAAUUGCAGAUGGCUCAGACCAUGGCUCCAAGGGGCUCACCUUCUAGUGGGGAGAAGAAAAAGCAUAAAACAUUGUAUAUGUUCAGUGCUGAAGAUAUGCAAGAGUCCAGCCAUUUGAGGAUCUGAGCAUCUUAAAGAAGGGUGGAAGGGCAGACCUCAAAGAAUGAAUAGGAGAGUGAUGACCAUGACACCACGUUCCAGCCCUACAGACUGUUCAACCCUGGAUCCCACUUGGUGAUGGACCGGGGAGCAGCCUCAGGAAAACUCGAAUCAAGCCUCCCAGUCUGAAGUAAUAAUCCUGUUAUGCAUUAACUGCCUGGAACAUCAGAGGCCCUGUCAUCCAGGAAGGGAGCAUCAGCUGUAGCUCCUUUGUGGUCUCUCCUCACCCUUAAGAGUAGCCAGGACUGCUUGCCAUUUCCCCACACACAUCAAGCUCACUCAGACCCCUUUGUCUUUAUUCGUGUAUUUCCUCUGCCUGGCCACUUGGACUGGUACUGUUUUCCCUUGUGCCAUCUGCAAAUUCCUACUCAUCAACUAAGGCCGAGUUCAUGUCUACCACCCCAUCCCCCUCAGUCUCCUGUAGGACAUGCAGACCACAAUUAAAGAAUUUAUCUUGGCCGGGCAUGGUGGCUCACACCUGUAAUCUCAACAUUUUGGGAGGCCAAGGCGGGCGGAUCACAAGGUCAAGAGAUUGAGACCAUCCUAGCCAACAUGGUGAAACCCCAUCUCAACUAAAAAUACAAAAAUUAGCUGGGCAUGGUGGCACGUGCCUGUAUCCCUGCUACUCAGGAGGCUGAGGCAGGAGAAUCACUUGAACCUGGGAGUUGGAGGUUGAAGUGAGCCAAGAUCGCGUCACUGCACUCCAGCCUGGAUGACAGAGCCAGAUUCCACCUUAAAAAAGAGCUUCUCAAGGGCAGAAAGUUCCUCUUAUUUGUGUCUGUGUAUCCAGUUCCUGGCACACUGCUUGGCAAAAAGAAGGUGUCAGUAAUUAACACUGUGGAUACCUCCCAUGAGGACAUGAUUCACGACGCCCAGAUGGACUACUAUGGCACCCGCCUGGCAACCUGCUCAUCAGACAGAUCUGUCAAAAUCUUCGAUGUGCGCAAUGGAGGGCAGAUCCUCAUCGCUGACCUCAGGGGUCAUGAGGGUCCUGUGUGGCAAGUGGCCUGGGCUCACCCCAUGUACGGCAACAUCCUGGCAUCGUGCUCCUAUGACCGGAAAGUCAUUAUCUGGAGAGAGGAAAAUGGCACCUGGGAGAAGAGCCACGAGCAUGCGGGACACGACUCCUCAGUGAACUCGGUGUGCUGGGCCCCCCAUGACUACGGCCUGAUCCUGGCCUGUGGGAGCUCAGAUGGGGCCAUUUCCCUGCUGACUUACACCGGGGAAGGCCAAUGGGAAGUAAAGAAGAUCAACAAUGCUCACACGAUUGGCUGCAAUGCCGUCAGCUGGGCCCCUGCUGUUGUACCUGGAAGCCUCAUAGACCAGCCAUCGGGGCAGAAACCCAAUUACAUCAAGAAGUUUGCAUCAGGUGGCUGUGACAACCUCAUCAAGCUGUGGAAGGAGGAGGAAGACGGCCAGUGGAAGGAGGAACAAAAGCUGGAAGCGCACAGUGACUGGGUUCGAGACGUGGCCUGGGCCCCCUCCAUCGGCCUGCCCACCAGCACCAUCGCCAGCUGCUCCCAGGAUGGUCGUGUGUUCAUUUGGACCUGUGAUGAUGCCUCAGGCAAUACGUGGUCCCCCAAAUUGCUGCACAAGUUCAACGAUGUGGUGUGGCAUGUGAGCUGGUCCAUCACAGCCAACAUCCUGGCCGUCUCCGGUGGAGACAAUAAGGUGACCCUGUGGAAGGAGUCGGUUGACGGGCAGUGGGUGUGCAUCAGUGAUGUCAACAAGGGCCAGGGCUCCGUGUCAGCAUCAGUCACAGAGGGCCAGCAGAACGAGCAGUGACAAGACAGGUGGGGCCUGGCUCCCCACCCGCCAGCUCCAGGACUGCCCCUUCCUGGGCCAACUGACCAAACAAUUGGGAAAAGCCCCCAACUCCAACAGGAUCAUUUUCCCAGGAGGAGUUACAGAUGCAGCCACAGAUUGAUCAUCUGCCUUAACAUGAUCAGAGAUUCAGAGAUGCUUUGUAAUUUACUGUCCAGCUGAAAGCACUCAUGAGGAAGAAACUACAAAUGAUAUUCAAAUCUAUUUUAAACUAUUUUGGGCCAUUUUUAUGUAACUUUGGGUUCAGGCAUUAUUUGGGGGGUUUUGUUUCCAAAGUAACUAAUAAAGUCAUAUUGCUUAUAA